AAGUGCAAGUCUCCUUAUGUCCCGCGGCGCCAUGCUUCCCCUUUCGCUGCUGAAGACGGCGCAGAACCACCCCAUGUUGGUGGAGCUUAAAAACGGGGAGACGUACAACGGGCACCUGGUGAGCUGUGACAACUGGAUGAACAUCAACCUCCGAGAGGUCAUCUGCACAUCCAGGGAUGGGGAUAAGUUCUGGCGCAUGCCGGAGUGCUACAUCCGAGGCAGCACCAUCAAAUACCUGCGCAUCCCUGACGAGAUCAUCGACAUGGUCAAGGAGGAGGCAGUGGCCAAGGGCCGGGGUCGCGGAGGUCUCCAGCAGCAGAAGCAGCAGAAGGGGCGCGGCCUGGGCGGCACUGGGCGAGGUGUGUUUGGCGGUCGUGGCCGGGGUGGGCUCUCUGGCCCUGGACGAGGGCAGCCAGAGAAGAAGCCAGGGCGCCCAACGGGCAAGCAGUGAACGCCCCUACCGCAUCUGCAUGCUCUGGGGCUAGGAGCCCUAAGCCUGCGUGCCUACCCGAAGCCACCACUGGCCCUGUUCAGUUUGAGGUUGCAGUGGCUACUCCACUAUCUGCGAGACUCCUGGGGUGCGGGCAGCGGGACCACAGGCUGGUUCCUGGGCACCUGUGGGGGCUGCCCGCCGCUCGGUGGUGGCUGAAUUGCCCCCACCAGAAUCGCCUUUCCUGGCCAAGUGAGGGAACGAUCAUAAAACCCUUUCCGGAUAUUCCGGGUCUCUGCACCCUUCCGGUGUUGUAGGUGGAAUAAAACCCCAGAAUGGCA